AUGCGAAAAGAUUCAGAAAGUCCACGCCAGUCUUCCCUGGAGGCGGCAACGACAUUGCAGCCGGGACACUCGCAGAGAGCAGGAGACAAGGGAAACCAUGGAGGACCUCUUGGCGAGACACCGGAAGGACUCAAGGACUUGAAUGGGAAGAUUACUACCUUAAAGAAGUCAGUUGGAGGCAACAAGCAGAAGAAAAAGGAAGUUCAGGUGCAGGUGGCACUACUGGAAAAGGAGUUGGACGAUAGACAUACAAACGAGAAAAAGGAUCUCGAACAGAAGGCGGCACAGGCCACCGUCACGGCCGCUGGAGCUGACACUGCGGAAGAGGUUGACAGGCCUGGAGAAGACGCAGCAGAAGACUUGAGAGGGAGAGGACAGCUCAACCCCUGGUACACCACAAGAGCGGAAGCGCAAGCCGAACAAAGCGCAAUUACGAAAGCAGCAGAGUUCGACGCGAUUCGGCGGCAGGCGGCACAAGAGGCGAAGAAUUCCGUGAAUCAUAAGGAGAUUGAAGAAAAUGCUAUUGCAAACAUGUUGGGACCUAUGAAUUUGAGAAUAAAGCAGAUUCCGCCUGAUGGACAUUGCAUGUACAAUGCGAUCGUGGAUCAGCUGGCGGCAAAAGGUGCGGCGGACGGAAAGACAUAUAAGGACCUGAGAAGGAUAGCAGCGGACUUCCUACGAGCUUACUGUGAUGAGGUGGAGAACACGGCAGCGUGGGGUGGGCAGACUGAGCUGCAAGCAAUCUCAUGCGCGUUGGAAAUGCCGAUACAUGUGGUCCAAAUGGGAACGCCCGUGUUGAAGAUUGGAGAGGACUUGGAUGCUGAGCCAUUAUUUGUUUCAUAUCAUCGACAUGCAUACGGCCUGGGAGAGCAUUACAAUUCCCUUUUGCCGACAGACACUCGAGGAUGACCACGCUUUGUGAACAUGGCUAAGGAUGACUACGUUUCGACUAGAUUCCAGGCGUCAGUGUUCCGUGCUGGUAACUUAUAUUCGAUAGAGAUAGAGAGAUUCGAUAACCGCCCUGACUGUACUGCACACAAGGCACACACUUCAAUGACUUGUUCGUAGUGAGCCGAGGGUGGGGCGUUACUUGAGGGAAGGGGAUGAUGAUGGCGCGCGCUGGAAGUCCCUACCCGUGCCAAAGGUCUCGUAUCAUUCUCGACCCGGUACUUCCCGCGCUGCGUGGUGCCCACUGCCGGACAGUCCAACGCACACGACACUCCAACGCAC